CACAAUCUGAUCUCACUCCUCGGAAUCGAGCUUCGCUUACUCGGUGCCACGGUCCUGAUCCAUCGUAAUGGGUAGGGAUAACUCAACUGUGCUAACCUCAUCUUCUGCUGGUCAAACAAGCCACUCCUGGACGACUCUUCUCAACUGCUCUCCAAGCCGUGUCCACCCACUGGCUGAGCGGCCGAUAGAUGCACCCACACUCCUCCACCGUGGUGACGCUGAGGCUAGCUGGAUGGCUAUCUUCACCAGGUCACAUUCGACCUGAAACCUCGCAUUGACUACAUUUUCUAUUCUUUUGACCACUACUGUUAAUCCUUUGGCAGAGAGUCAUUGUCAUGUCCUGCAUGGCUUGACGCACCCUUCCCUCCUCAGUCACCUUCCAGACCCUUCUCAACCAGUCUGACUCUGUUGACACCACAAUCUCAUUCGAUUUCUCAGUUGUGUCACAGAUAUUCUGUUCCCACUCACUCUCGUCCAUCUCGCGCAUCUCCCAACACCCGAUCUGAAAUGUCCAUCUGCCGAAAUGCCAAAUCCUGUCGACUCUAGUUGAUAACCCGCCUGCAACUCGGCUACUUUCUUCUCAUCAAAUCUCCAUUUACCACUACUGCUGUCGGGGCAAGAUUCUAUAUUCUUCCUGAGCCAACAGUCAUGCCGCCCUCAGCCAAUCACCUCACGAUUGUGACCAGGCCUCCUAUUCACCAGAAAUACUUGGGAGAGCCAGACGACCCUCACUAUAUUCCCGAUUCGCCAUGGAUCUCGCGCCAGUUCAUCCCCGAAGAGAUCGAGGCCGAGUUGAAGCGGUCAUGUUUGAUGGUGCUGGCCAAUGUGCCACAUUCGGAUGAAAUGUCGGAUGAUCCUCUUCAAUAUCUAGCAGCUCAGAUAUUGGAGGGACGAGCAAAAUCCGCCCAAGACAAGAAAUCCGAGAAAUCCGAGCGCAUAUCGGCAUCAAACCACUGUCGUGAUAAGUCAUCCAACUUUGUUGCAAAGCAACGCCUUCCCUCCGAUGCAGCAUCGAGCAUCCAGUCACGAUCUUCCAACCGUGACACCAUCAACACAACCACCACCGCCGACUAUUCAACGCCGCUGACAAGUGCAGGACUCACGCCGGCCGACUCGGCGCGAAGGUUUUCUGAUGCAGCGCGGAAAUCAUACAACAGUUCCAAAAAGCCCGGAAGCAGCCUCCGCAAUGAAUCACAGAUGGUUGUGGCCAAGAGCCGCGUAACCUCUGCACCCAACCAGGUUCUACCCAAGUCGCUCGAUGGCACCAACCCUUCCCAGGACAUCCAAGCCAUAAAAAGAACGCUUCGCCUUGUCACCGAUGACUUUUCGAGGCCACCAAGUAGUGGCAACACAUCCACGGACCAUCUGCCCGACCCAGCAAAUCUUUCCAUGCCGGACCUGAACAAGUCCCUUCCACCACCGCCACCAGAGCCCGAGUCAGCGGUUGAAGACCAAAAACAACCGCAUAUCAGCCGAUUAAUGAAGACGAUCAAAAAGAAGAAGAGCAUGAAUGCCGUUGGUGUACGCAACCACAUCCAGAUACACGAAGCUCCUCCUAGACCUCACACCCACAAAUCGAACACAGCGCCAACGUGGGCUCAACCUCCACCUGAACCUCAAUUCCUUCCAGCCGAACCCUCAUCCAGCAAGACUCGGUUUAGACUACGAUUGUUUACUAGACGGCACCGACCUGCAGAUCUACUAGUGACCUGACGUCUCUUACUGGACAAUCUGCAUGUUUCAGCAGUUUUGUAUACCAAUAAUUAAUUCAUCCUGAGUGGGGGAUUCGACGAUGCAAGGAAGCAGCCGAAGCAUUCGGCGCUCAAAAUUCGGGUUCUCAGCGCCCAAGUCGUCCAUAUCCACCAUCAGCAGUCACACUCGACCUGGCAUUAGGAACAGCCAAUGGUUGUACUUGCCAGUGACCACAGCAGAUACAGUGACGGUCGCCAGACAUGCACUAGAAAUGCAAUACCUCCUCUUGAUAUCAAGUGCCUGUAACAUGGAACUCCAAAGCAAGCCAUGUCAUCAAGAACUCCAGCCCAGCUCAAUCACGAGUUUGGCAGUCCCAUCUCCUUCUUGGAGAACACAAGUGGCGACGGUAUUCCGGUCCACAGAUAUGUACACACCCAAAAGCACAAGCACAGUAUGGCUUUGAAUAUACACAUAUGCACACUUUCCAACCAGGAUUAUUCUGAUUUAUUAUAUUCCUCUUUUCCAUUCCGCCAGGACCCCUGGAACGAGGGAGCGCCC